AUGAGAUUCACCCGAAAUACCCUUCCACUGCUCGCUUUAUUCCUGAUCUGAGGUUAUUUAUACAGGAGAGAACAAAUUGUGAGAAAAUUCAGCUUUGAUGUGAGGUCAAAACACAUGCCAGAUUCGUAUCAUACAUUUGGAGCAUCAGCAAAACUUAGGCAUAAAAUUAAAUUGAUCCCACCGGUUGAUCUGAGAUAUGGAGGGGUCUUCCUAAGUGAAGAAUUUUUGUCAAGUUCCUUUGCAAUUGACUUUACUUUCAAGAUAAACUCUCUUACAGAAAACUCUGACGGAUUUGUGUUCUGGUAUACACCAGAAAUACCUACGUUUGAUUCCAGGUCAGGGAGAAUUCAUGGGGUUGAGACAAAUACUAGAGGUUUCUCUAUAUGGGUCCACCGAGACCAAAGGAGGAGACGAGGAACAGGAUGGAGAGUCUUCGCCCAUUACGAUGAUGGCAAAGGAUUUCCACUAGAGAAAGGGAAAAUUUUACCAGACAAUUCAUGUACAUUUAUGCUGGAUCCCACUAAAGCUCCAGUAAAAAUGAGGUUUGAGAAAGUUGCAUCCCAACUAAAAAUAUUAAUCACAGAUGAUAAUGCAGAGUCUGAUAAUUUAAGAUCUUGUAUGAACACCUAUAUUUCAGGAAUCCCAAACCAAGGUUUUUUCGGCUUUACUUCGGGAAAUGCGAAUGGAGUACUCAAUGAUAUUGAUAUUCUUAAAAUUGUUGUUGCUGAUCUUGAGAAAAGCUCACUAUAUUUAAAAACUCAAGAAAAUGAGCCGGAUGAUGUCUAUUUCUCUUUAUCUGAUGAACAAGAGAAAGUAUAUGAGGACGAUCCUCUAUCUGCUCAGGAUAUCUUCCACAUGCAAAGAAAAGAUGGAGAAUACUCUGAUGUAGGUAAUGGAAUAAAUUUUGAGACAACUGAUUCUCAAGAAGAGGUAUUAUACAAAGUCUAUGAGCAGCUUUAUCAAUUCAACAUCAAUAUGAAAGAGAUGAUUGAAGAAGCUAGAAAUCAGCUGACAAAUCCAAAUUCAAGACUUGAGGAAACUACUAUCCCAAAUUUGAUGAAAGAUUUGAAAUAUACUAGAGAGGCUCUGGAUUAUAUGGCUCAAGGUAUAAAUACUCUAGAUAAGUCAAUGAACUACAUUGCUAGUGGGAAAUAUGCCGAAGAGGAGGCUCAAGCACAACAGCAGGCUCGAAUAGCACCCCUUCAAGAAGCAGAUGCUGUUGAUCGGUUAAAUAUUAAGCUUACGGAAUUAGAAAGGAAAUUUGAAAGUCAGAAAGGAGCUCUAGAAGCAAGGAUAGUUGAUAUCAAAAAGCAAACACAAAUACAUAACAAGGAAAUGUCUAAUAGAGUAAAGAGGAAGGCCGACGAAAUCGGUAAAAUUGCAACUAAUGAAGAAUCAAAUGCAUUUCUCCCAAUCCUGUUCGUCUCAAUCCUUCUACUUGUCUUAUUCAUCUAUGUGAACCGUAAGACCCAGCAGAGUCGCAAGAAGCAUAUUUUGUAGCUAUAAUUUCAAUUUUGUAAAAA